AUGUGGUCCGCAGACGUUCUACAAGUUAGGCCAAAUCCGUCGGAAAAUGACGAAAAUGCAUUUUUCUGCUGCCAGGGUGGUUGUUCUGAUACACCCAACUGGUAUAAUGGCUAUGCGGGCGCUAACGGUGGAAAAGGUUUCACCUGUCAGGAAUACGCCACAGCAGGCUCAGACCGACGAGGUUCACCAUGGUGUUCAAAUGGACAAGUAACACCCGGUAGUAGUUGGACAAUUGGAGCUAAAUAUAAUUAUCCGGAAAAGAAUUGUUGUGUUUGCGGAAAUAGAGGAUAA